GGUGGUAGAGGAAGAAAUAUAGAAAAUUUUACUUUUUUAGGAAAAUUGAGGAAAAAUUAAUUAAAAUCGUCUCGAAACCGACAAAAAACAAUGACGGAGUUAUUAAUUGAUCCCAAUAUAAGAGUGUGGGUCUUUUUACCUAUAGUUUUAAUCGCCUUCUUUAUUGGUAUUUUACGGCACUAUGUAUCCAUACUGAUAGCGUCACAGAAAAAGGCUGAAAUAACCCAAAUACAAGAUAGUCAAGCCAUGAUAAGGGCACGCUUGUUACGGGAAAAUGGUAAAUACUUGACCGCCCAUUCCUUUGCCAUGCGUAAGAACUUCUUCAAUAACGAGGAGACUGGUUACUUCAAGACACAAAAAAGAGCACCAGUGGCCCAGAAUUCCACCGCCAUGUUGACAGAUAUGUUAAAGGGUAAUUUCAUUAAUGUUUUACCCAUGGUGGUCAUAGGCGGUUGGAUUAAUUGGAUGUUUUCGGGUUUUGUAACCACCAAAGUACCUUUCCCCUUGACCUUACGAUUUAAGCCCAUGUUGCAAAGAGGUGUGGAAUUGGCUUCUCUAGAUGCUGCUUGGGUUUCUUCAGCCUCUUGGUAUUUCUUAAACGUGUUUGGUUUGAGGUCCAUUUACACCCUGGUAUUAGGUGAAAACAAUCAAGCUGAUCAAACUCAAGCCCAAGCAGAUGCUAUGACUGGUGCCGCUAUGACUAUGCCCCAGGAUCCCAAGGCUGCAUUUAAAGCUGAGUGGGAGGCUUUAGAAAUUACUGAAUACCAAAAUGCCUUGAAAAAUAUAGACAAUGAUUUGCUACAAAUGGCGGCUGGUGAUGCCCAUGAUGUCGCCCAAGAGAAUAGCAUUAGACAAUAGAGCAUUUGUGUAUAUAUAAGUCUUUGAAAUAUUUACUUUGCUGUUUAAAUUCCUUUUUUUUCCAUUACGAAAAAAAAAUUAUCUUUUAAAUUAAAUAAAUGAUUUACAAAUAUAAGAUGGUAGG